GUGGGUUGAUACCAUGGCUCGUUCCCGUUGAGACGUGCAGACGUCCCUCUUUAGUGUUUUGGAACGAGGCUACUUCUAAAAGUUAUGGAAAGCGUGGAUGAAUGUUGAUAAUGGUCUUGCAAAAACCUUUUUGUGGGUACUACGUUUGACAUAACCCUUGCAGAAGUCACUUCAAUUCAUGUUGGGAAUACAAGAAUAAUACGGCAGUUUUCCUGGAGUCGACUUUCGAACCAGGUUAUUAGAAAUGGCGUGGUAAAAGUGGUCAUCCCCCUGUUCCCCCACCCCUGAAGACCACCUGACGCACAGACAUGGAGGGUAAAGAGGAGAUCAGUGACACUGACAGUGGUAUCAUCCUCCACUCUAGCCCUGAUAGUCCUACCACGAUUAUGAAGGACGUGAUCACGCAUACCCGGGCUGUCAAGCUUAAGCACAAGUCACUGGAGGACCGGCUGGAGCUCUGUCUACUGGAACUGAGGAAACUCUGUAUCCGAGAGGCUGAGCUGACUGGUCGGCUGUCUGCAGACUACCCUUUGCUGCCUGGGGAGAAGCCACCACAAAUUCGCAAACGCAUUGGAGCGGCCUUCAAAUUGGACGAGCUGAGCAUCCCACAGGGAAUAAAGGACUCUGAGCUGAACUCUGUGGAAGCCGAGCUAUCACUGCAGUUGCAGAUAUACGAAGCAGCCCGGAAACUGUGCCGCGAAGAGCACCUGAGCAAGGCGGUGAAAAAAAGCCGGUUACAGCAGUGCAAGUGUGAGGAGAAAAAAGUGAAACAACUGCAAGAGAGUGCGUUUCAACUGCGCCUACAACAUGGACGGUCUUCACCGCGGCCAAGCUGCAUCAGUGCGCCAAGAGAUAUUUGCUUUUUUGCCCCAGGUCUGGGCAAUUCCGAUGAUAGUUCUCUGUCGGAUUCGGUGCUGCUUGAUGAAGAAGAGGUGAUCAGUCAGUCAUCCCAACCAUCUGUGGAGACCACUCCCUCCAGAGAACCAACAGACUCUCCCAAGCCUCUCCCAGGCCCCUCACCCUCUCCUGGGCCUAUUCCCCACCAGCCUCCCCCUGCUAUUCCAACACUUGAGGAGCUCCAGUCUAGCUUCAAAGACACCCUGGACUUAGAUCUCCCUCCCAUUGAGCACUCCCCCUGGACCGAGUCUAGUCUGGACCAACCUUACCAAAAGAUCAAGAGGAAAUCACGCUCCAGUAGCUGCAAGUCAAGCAGUAGUCCGGCCGUGACCCCUGUGUUGCCUCCAGUGGAAGCCUGUUACGGAGACGUGGCCCUGCCGCUACCGUUGUCUACCCACCUCAGGCUGUGCCACACACAGUCCAACAGUGCCCCCACAACGCCAGAGAUGCACGUACGCCGCCAGCUCUCUCUAAGGGUCCCCAACAGUGACCCUCCACUCAACCUGGAUAAGGACCGGGGGCGCGCCCGCAUCCCCCGGAGGCGACUGGUGGAUUACAUGGUCACUCCUCCAGACGAGAGGGGCGUCUACGGGAACCCCGCCUACCACUCAAAUUCUGAGACUGACGACAGUAACUCGGAACACUCAGCCCCAUCCUACACCAGCUCCCCAUGUCGAGAGGCGUCCUACGACCUGCCCAGGCAGUGUCAGCCCGCUUACAGGUAUCAGCAAUCCAGUGACAAGGAGCACAACAGUCUUGGGUCACAGGCCUACCCCCCAGGGCCUGGCUACCAUCUGCAGCCACCCCAACAGCGUUCCGGGCCCAGCUUUUACAGGGAUUACUAUGACGACGGGAUGGCCUACCCUCCAGAGAUGGACAUGGCCAGGCUGUACCACGGCCACCCGGCCCCCUGUCACUCCAGCCGGUAUGAGCACUGGUACGAGGCGGCACCUGUGCACCCCCAGUGUGCUGUCAGACCCCUGCCGCCCCACGUCAGACUGUCCCGCGCCCCCUCGCUCCGGGAGUACUCCCAGCAUCCACCCAGAGGCCUGCCUCGGCAGGUGGUGAACGAGGAGCUUAAGUCGUGGCACCAGCGCAACCAGUUCAGACCCAGCUCCCUGGACAGACAGGGUGCAGUCAGGGUGAGGAACAUACCAGGCUGUGAGUCACCUCUCUCCCAACACCAGACGUACCGUGAGCAGGUUCCCCAGAGACAGGUGUUCCAGAGGGCAGCAAACACGAUCCCUGUGCAGUGGUUUAAAGAGGAUGACUCAGAGAUUGCCAGUCAGGUCUAACACUAGGGACAUGGUAGAGGGCUCCCUGGCCACCUCCCUUGGCUAACUGAGCCCUAUUUAUUCAUUAAUUUAUUACACCACCAGAACUGUUGCUGAUAUGACAUGAGACUGGGCACAAUAUCAAGGUGGACCUGGGUUUUUAUAUCAGUGACCCCUCAACAUGUUACCUUGGUGAAAAAAAGUAUAAACUGAAAGCUCAAAGUAACAGACCAAACAACAUUACCAUGUGUGCCUUCUGAAAUAGAUGCUGGUAUGAACAUUCUUUCAUGGUAAGUUUGUUACCUGUUUUUGGUACGGAUCUGUUGAUGAAUUUAGAACAAUCACAAUGUUUCUAGAAUAUGUAUUUAGUUAGUGUUUUUCCAAAUGAAAAUGUAUGUAAAAGAUAAAAAUGAAAUAAAGAUUUAUACUGUUAA